AUGGCGGCGGCUGAAACUGAGAGAAAGAGCAGGAGGAAGCACUCGUCAUCGGCGAAGACUUCGAAACCGCGUUCCUCAUCCAGGAAACCACGUGUAUCGCCUUCAGUAGCAGAUAUGUACUUGCAAGAUUACGCGCCUCCGGUCCAGGCGAAUUCUCCUCAGUGUGUAACAGCGACGAGGCCUCCCCCACCUCUCUAUGGCUAUUCUUCAAGUCCGCCUCAGCACCCGGUUUACCGUCAGAUGCCUGGUUCUUUCCCCGAAGAUGGUUAUCGAUAUGGCUCUCCACCACCGCAGCCUGUUCAACCUUACGCUAGUCAGUCAACCAUCCGCUUCGCUUCUCCACCACCUCAUGAGCCCCGCGGCCAAGCUCCAUUUGAGCAACAGUGGAAUAGCCUUGACCGAAUGGCUGCCAAAUCGUACAUGAAUCUUCGAGAUACGGCUGGGAAGAGUGUCACGAAAUUGACUAGCAACUGCAUCGAGCGACCCACGGCGGCCGUCGCUACGAAGAGCAUGCAAACGUUGUGCAAAGGAGCCGCACUAUACGACAUGAUCAGCUCAAAGUUUGACUCUGUCAUUACUAGUAUUGAUGAUGAUCACUUCAGUGGCAAAGAACAGGAUCUCAUGAUGGAGUUCAGUGAGCAGCAGCAGGAAGAAGCCCAGAGAACAAGCCCGCCACUCGGCGAACCCAGACGCCGUCGUCAACACGAAGUGCAAUCGCACUCUACUAGCGACAAAGGGUCGAACCACUUUUCUAAGGUGUGGCUCUAUUCAAACUCUCGACUACCGCCCCAUCUGCCGCCAUUCAAAGUUUAUCUUCCAACGUAUCCCCUACUUUGCUUAGCAGCAACCUAUUCAGAGAAAGCGUACACGCCCCCAGGCACGAAGAAGAACCCAGAAAUGGAGACCUUCAUCCCUGCUGAUUGGCGCAGUGGCACGAAAGCCAUGGUGCUUAAAUCCAUUCCUGUGGAAGAGCUAAAUACCAUUGUCUUUGCCAUUCGCGGAAGUCAGACCUUUAUGGACUGGGCUGUCAACUACAACUCGGCACCUCAUAGUCCGGAAAAGUUUCUCGACGAUCCGUCAAAUUUGUGCCAUGCCGGCUUCCUCUAUGUGGCGAAGAAGAUGAUCAAGCCCGUCGCAGAACGGUUGAAGGUCUUGCUUCAAGAAAACCCCGCACGUUCAAACUGCAGUUUGCUCAUCACCGGCCACUCCGCAGGCGGAGCGGUCGCGGCACUGCUUUAUGGGCAUAUGAUGAGCACGAAGAUUAAUUCUGAGCUCAACUACCUCACCAGUUUCUUCAAGCGUGUGCACUGCGUCACGUUUGGUGCGCCGCCAGUCAGUCUACAUCCAUUGAAGAAGCCUGACGAUAAACGCCAUCGCAAGAGUCUCUUCUACGCAUUCAUCAACGAGGGCGAUCCUAUACCGCGAGCGGACAAGGGCGUACUGAAAAGCUUGCUGAAGCUCUAUGCCAGCCCAGCACCUGCUGCGGUUUCCAACCUUGCUUCGACCAUCACAUCAAUGUCCAAGCCCAACCUCCGAGACCCGUCGCAGUCCUCCCCACCUAAAUCAAAAUCAAAGUAUGGUUUUGCGCAGCGACUCAGCAGGCCUUCCAAAUCCUCGCUGCAAACGAACACGUCGAGCUCUACUUCCUCAACGCUCCCAGCAUGGCCGAUACCACCAUGUACUUUGUCACCUGCAGGGCGACUGGUAGUACUGAGGCAACGCGUUGGAAGCAGGACUGAAGAUGAUAUAGAGGCUGUGACCGUGGAUGAUGAGAUGUUAAGGAAGGUUGUGUACGGUGAUCUGCUGAAACACCAGAUGACCGUCUACAAGAAAAGAAUCGAGAGCGUUGCUGUUAGGGCCGUCACUGCAAAUGGAUGUUGA